AUGGGAAUCGUCUGGUCUCAAUUUUUCCCACCCAAGCCGACGCUUACAGAGGCCAACUUACCCAGCCAGAAAGGCAAAGUGUUUAUAGUCACAGGUGGCUAUUCAGGCGUGGGCUUCGAACUAUGCAAGAUCCUGUACCAGGCUGGUGGUAAAGUGUACCUUGCAGGCCGCUCUGAAGAAAAAGCUCUACAAGCGAUCGCCGAUAUCAAAACUGCAAGCCCAAAUUCCGAAGGCGAGAUCGUGUUUCUCUCUCUCAAACUCGAUGAUUUGACUACCAUCAAACCAGCAGUGGAGAAAUUCAUGAGCACUGAGUCUCGACUGGAUGUGCUAUUCAACAACGCCGGUGUCUCUAACCCCCCACUGGGAUCUAUAUCAACACAGGGCCAUGAGCUCCAACUGGCAACCAACUGCCUCGGCCAUCACCUGCUCACCCAGCUACUCCUACCAACGCUUAGACAGACCGCUCACAACGAAUCUCCCGCCUCUGCCCGCGUGAUCUGGCUAUCCUCAAUCAUUGUAGAUACCACAUCCGCGCACGGCGUGAACCUAGAGGAGUUUCUACGACGAGACACUGGGAUGAACCGCAACUACGAGAACUCCAAAGUCGGAAACUGGUUUUUAGCCAACGAUCUAGCAAAGCAGGCCGGAUCAGACGGUAUCCUGAGCGUGGUAGUUAACCCUGGAAACCUGAAAUCAAACCUGACUCGUCAUUUUCCUUCGUGGGUGCCUUACCUCGUGGCGCCUCUGCUGUAUCAUCCUAUCAUGGGUGCCUAUAGCCAGCUUUGGGCUGCGUUUUCUCCGGAACUUACGAUUUCUGACGGGGGAAGUAUAUUCUGCCUUGGGGGCGAGUUCAUCCCAAGCCCCGGGAGGAUUUGUUACAAGCGAUGA